ACCUAAGUCUGUUUUUCACUCCCGUCGCGAACUAUAAAUCGACACAUGUCGCAAUACAAGUACCUCUCGGGCUUUGGCUCACACUUCUCAUCAGAGGAUGAACGUUGCCCUAGCUCUUUGCCCGUGGGUCAGAACUCUCCACAGAAGUGUGCCUAUGGUCUAUAUGCGGAACAAUUAUCUGGAUCCGCAUUCACUGCCCCACGUACUGAAAAUGUACGAACUUGGCUAUACAGAAAACUGCCUAGUGCGGUUCAUAAGCCGUUUCAGCGUUAUGAAGGCUCUAAAUAUUUGAGUCAAAACUGGGAUGAACAGUACCCAAAUCCAAAUCAGAUGCGCUGGAAACCAUUUGAUAUUCCUGCUCUGAAUCAAGGAAGAGUUACUUUUGUGGAGGGACUCCACACUGUGUGUGGUGCUGGUGAUACGAGGACACGUCAUGGAUUAGCUGUCCACAUAUAUUUAUGCAACGCCUCUAUGGAGAACUCUGCAUUCUAUAACAGCGAUGGUGAUUUCCUCAUAGUGCCCCAACAAGGCGUUCUGGAUAUAAUAACGGAGCUUGGUCGAAUGACUGUUGCUCCAAAUGAGAUCUGUGUCAUUCCACAGGGUAUACGCUUUGCCGUGAAGGUCAACUCAGCUAGUAGGGGCUAUAUACUUGAGGUAUAUGAUGGUCACUUUUGUCUACCCGAUCUGGGUCCAAUUGGCGCCAACGGUCUAGCUAAUCCGAGGGACUUUGAAACACCAGUGGCUUGGUACGAUGAUGACAAGGUUAAAGAAUUUCAAGUGGUAUCGAAAUUCCAAGGCAGUUUAUUUGUGGCCAAGCAGAAUCAUAGUGUUUUCGAUGUAGUUGCCUGGCAUGGCAAUUAUGUGCCCUAUAAAUAUGAUCUAUCCAAGUUUAUGGUCAUCAAUUCGGUUAGUUUUGAUCACUGUGAUCCCAGUAUUUUUACAGUUCUCACCUGUCCGAGUCUAAGGCCUGGUACUGCCAUUGCCGAUUUCGUUAUAUUUCCCCCUCGUUGGUCUGUGCAGGAGCACACAUUCCGCCCGCCCUAUUACCACAGAAAUUGCAUGAGUGAAUUUAUGGGUCUCAUACUGGGACGUUACGAGGCGAAGGAGGAUGGUUUUGCUGCUGGCGGCGCUACUUUACACUCCAUAAUGACGCCCCAUGGUCCCGAUGUCAAAUGCUUUGAAGGCGCCUCAAAUGCCGAGCUCAAAGCCGAACGCGUUGCCGAAGGAACUCAGGCUUUCAUGUUCGAGUCUUCUCUCAGUCUGGCCGUUACGAAAUGGGGCGAAGAAACCUGCCAGAAAUUGGAUGCCCAGUACUAUGAAUGCUGGCAGGCACUAAAGAAUAACUUUAAAAUUGACAAUUGAUCAGUUUCUACUUUGAUUCAGUAAAAGGUUUCGGUUAUAAUAUUACAUAUGAAUACAUACAAUUAUUAAACUUCGAAUUUGCGAAUUUUGUAAUAAAAAUCUCGUAAGUCAA